UUCAUUCAACAAUUAUAAUCUGUAAUAUUCUGAUUAGGUUUAUAAUAUGGAUUGUCGUAGCAAACCACAUGCGAUACUUGUACCUUUAGCAUUACAGGGUCAUGUUGGUCCUCUGAUGAAGUUGGCAUACAAGCUUGCAAGCCACGGCAUCAAGGUCACCUUUGUUAACACACAGUCCAUACACAUGCAAAUUACGUCUGCAAUGUCUCAAGAAAUGAAGGACCAGUGUCCUAUAAAUUUAGCUGCCAUUCCUGAUAUAUUGGAGCCUGGUGGUGGUGAGCAAGACAUGUCGAAAUUAAUGGAGGAUGGACCUAAGUAUAUGCGGGUUCAUCUCCAAAAUCUGAUCCAAAACAUUAAUCAGGAGAACAAUGAAGCGCAAGUGUCGUAUGUGAUUGCUGAUAUAACAAAUGGGUGGGCACUAGAAGUAGCCAAGAAGAUGUGUAUCAAAACUGCCGCAUUUGCACCUUUUGGAAUCGGAACUUUGGCACUGGGACUGCAUGCUCCUAAGCUUAUUGAGGCUGGAAUCAUAGAUAUUCAUGGGCUUCCAAUCCGAGAAGAGACGGUUUCUCUAUCUAAAGAAAUGCCUUCUUGGAAUAUAAAUGAACUCUCAUGGAGCUGCAAAGGCGAUUUAGAAGUUCAAAAAUUUAUAUACAAUAGUUUCGUCAAAAAUCUUGCAGAAAAUGUUAGAAAUUCUGAUUCCAUAAUUGUGAAUUCCUUUUAUGAACUCGAACCAUCAGCCUAUCACUUGGUUCCAAAGAUCUUACCCGUCGGUCCACUGCUAGAAAAUUCUCAUUCGGGACCUAUCGCGGGAAACUUAUGGUCAGAGGAUUCAACUUGCUUAAGCUGGCUCGAUCAACAACCAAAUGGAUCGGUCAUCUAUGCUGCAUUCGGAAGCACAACAGUUUGCAAUCAGCACCAAUUUAAUGAACUGGUACAUGCUUUCGAAAUCAUAGGCCGCCCAUUUUUAUGGGUUGUUAGAUCAGAUUUCACAACCGAUAAUGGAUCGAAUGAAAAACUUCACGAUAGUAACAUUUUGGAGAGAGUUCAAAAUUAUGGGAAAAUAGUUAAAUGGGUACCUCAGGAGAAGGUAUUGGCUCAUCCUUCGAUUGCGUGUUUCUUUUCGCAUUGCGGAUGGAACUCGGUUAUAGAAGGUGUGAGCAUGGGGGUGCCAUUUUUAUGCUGGCCUUACGUAGGGGAACAUAUCCAUUACAAGAAUUAUAUUUGUGAAACUUGGAAAGUUGGUUUAGAAGUGAACACAAAUGAAAAUGGGAUUGUAACUAGGCAUGAGAUUAAGAGCAAGAUAGAGAAAUUGGUAUCUGAUAAUGAUAUAAAAAUCAAUUCUCUAAAACUUAAAGAAAUGGCUACAAAGAGUGUUGGUGAAGGUGGUACUUCUUACAAAAAUCUUUUGAGCCUUGUUGAUCAAAUGAAGCAUUAGGUUAUUUCUUUUAUUUAUAUGAAAAAUAUGUAAUCUCUAAAAUAAAGAGAAUAUUCUAUAAAAUAAAAAAUAAAUUUAAUAUAUAUAAAAUAAAGGAAAAGGUUCACAAUAACUUUUAUGUAAUUUCCAGAUCUCUUGUAAGCACAUUAUAAUUUUGAUAGAUUUCCUUAUUUUUAUUUCUUUUUCUUGAUGUGGGUUGUGAAACUGUUAAUCACAACUGUUAUAAGUUUAUCGAUUAACUUUGGUUAUAUAACAUGAUGAAUUCACAUUUGAUGAGUUUUACUA